AUGAAUGUUGACCCAAUUGAAGUUGGUGAAGACGAGGACGAUGGUGAUGGGACUGAUGAUAAUGUUGACCCUAUUUUUAUUUACACUGUCGAGACGUCUCAAGCAUGGGCAACUGGAGAGUAUGCAGAGGAUAUAGGAAAUGCUGCAAGUCAAGCAGUUAAUGAUGGCACGGGUGUGUUACCUGAUGAAGUUGAAGCGGGAACAAAUUUGGGUGGAGAUGAAUUUGACUGGAUGACGUCUGAAUCAGAAAGUCGUGCUGAAGGUUCCACUUCUACUAUGAAGAGUAAAGGAUCAAAAAGAAAGUCCACACAAUUAAAUGAAGAUAUGAGCUCUGUGUUCCGCGAUUUCUGCACUGAAACUGGGGCACGUUUACGUGAGAUUGCGCAGAAAAUAGGUUACGAAUAUGAUGUUUCGGCUGCUCGGAAAGAAGUGUAUUCUGUAGUGGGGAAGAUCCUGGGCUUAAAUAUGCAAGAGAAGUUGGUGCUAUGUAAGUUGCUUGUCAGAAACACUGAGGACUUGGAACUAUUCUUCAGCUUACCGGAUGAUGCAAAAGCAGAAUUUGCACGAAUGAAGCUAGCUGGUAAUAUUUAG